GAUGUAGUGAUGGAUAGAAAUCACUUACGAAUUGUUGUUGAUUGCAGAAAUUCUGUGGAAAAAUCCGAAGGAAAUGCCGAUACAUGGUGUAGCAUAGGCGUUCUAUAUCAACAGCAGAAUCAACCUAUGGAUGCUCUGCAAGCGUAUAUAUGCGCUGUACAAUUAGACAAAUCACACUCAGCUGCGUGGACUAAUCUGGGCAUUUUGUACGAAAGUGUUAGUCAGCCAAAAGACGCUCUAGCUUGUUACGUCAACGCAUCCAGGGGUAAUAACAACACACCAAAUUGCACGGGUUCACUGGUGGGCCUGGGUGGUGCUAAAUCAGGUGGUAAUACCCCGAUGAACCCAUCGCUACAACAGCGGAUCAACUUCCUCCAAAGUCAUCUGAGCCAAGCACCAAUGCCUUCCGUCGCCACUAAGAGGCGGCAACUGCCGUCUAUAGAAGAGGCUUGGAACUUACCCAUUAGCGCUGAGAUGUCUAGCAGGCAGCAACAGCAGCAACAAACACCCACUGGUCCGGGUUAUAAAUAUGGUUCCACUCCUUCUGGACCACCACCUCCUUAUCCUCAAGGACAAGGACAGAAUCUUAAUACAAAAAGAUUUAAGCCGGGAGAAGAACCAAUUUCUCCAGGUUCACAACAGAGACCACCACCAUUUUAUCUCACGUCUCAACAACUGCAAAUGUUACAAUUUCUUCAACAAAAUCAUGGAAGUUUAACGCAACAACAGCAAGGUUUGCUUGCACAAUUACAACAACAAUACAGAUGUAUGCAACAACAUCAACAACAAAUUAGAUUACAACAACAACAAGCUGCUCAAAGAGGUUUAAGGCCAGGACAACCUGGUUAUCCUACAGGUUACAAUCAUACACAACUAGGACAACCUGGCGUGAUCAAGAAUUACGGGAUACCUCAGCAACCGUUGCAGCAAGGUGGAACUGUUGCAUUACAAACAGGGUUCUCAGAUUCUAAUGUCGGUUAUAACACGGCAGCAACUGGGAACAGUCAAACACCAGGAAUGCCUUACAAAUCUGCCUCUGAUUCAAACUAUCCUCAAAGGCAAUUGACAUCCGGCCAAUAUAACCAAUACCAGCCUAAUCAAUACACUGCCCAGGGUUACACACAAAUAUCGUCCACGACGAGUAAUUAUCCCGAAGGUUCCGCGGGAAAUAAAGACCUGGGAGUAACAGAUCAAGAAUUACAAGCUUUGUUAUCACAAAAAGAUAUUGCGACAUCUUUGGCGGAGGAUUUAUUAAAACAUUUUGGUUCGGAAGAUUUAGAUGUAAAAGAAGAAGCACCGAGCAUCAUGAACAAUGGCACGUUAAGUUCAGGUCCGUUCUCACCAUCGAAUCUCGAAGAGAGUACAGAGAAAAUCAAAGAGGUAAAACUAGAGAAGGUUGAGGAUAGUCAACCUUCGUCUACGUCGAAACUCGAAGCAUACGAAAAAAGCAAUACAAAGACAUCGACUCCAGUAGUUGAAACGGUGAAAUGUGAAGCGACCUCGAGUACAAAUAAAAUCGAAUCAGUUACUCGGAUUGAACCGGUGCUUAAAUUGGAAAGCUUGUGUGAAUCACAACCUGAACAAGAACUUAGUAUAGAUAUGGAUUCUAAGGGUAUUAUAGAAGCAUGUAAAGGUCAGGGAUUAAAAGGUGUACCAAAUUGCUCCAUACUGAGUGAUCGUUCACCUCCACCUGCCCCACCUGAUCCUCCAAAUCAGAGACUAACCAAGGAACAACUUUUACCCCCAACUCCUAGCGUUUAUUUAGAAAAUAAAAAAGACGCAUUCAGUCCACAACUCCAAGAGUUUUGUUUAAAACAUCCGAUAGCUGUGAUUCGCGGUUUGGCGGCCGCUUUAAAAUUAGAUCUUGGAUUGUUCUCAACGAAAACUUUGGUAGAAGCAAAUCCAGAUCAUGGUAUCGAGGUGAGAACACAAAUGCAACAGACCAGCGAUGAGAAUUGGGAUCCUGUCAUGGGCAGAAAAGUUUGGGGUUGUAUCAGUCAUAGAAGUCACACAACUAUUGCGAAAUAUGCGCAAUAUCAGGCGUCAAGUUUUCAAGAAAGCUUGAAAGAAGAAAGGGAGAAAGCUCAAGGUAUACAUACCUCGAAUUUAUCCGAUUCAGAUUCGAAAGAUAGUACUGGUGCUGUUAGAAGAAAGAAAAACGCUUUUGGAUUGGCGGGUCGACCGGGUUCGAAGAUGUUGCGAUUUGGGACCAAUGUAGAUUUAUCAGAUGAAAGAAAAUGGAAACCGCAGCUUCAGGAGUUAAUGAAACUACCGGCAUUCGCUAGAGUCGUUUCGGCGGGAAACAUGCUCAGUCAUGUUGGCCAUGUUAUUUUAGGAAUGAAUACUGUUCAGUUGUACAUGAAGGUACCUGGUAGUAGAACACCCGGUCACCAGGAAAAUAAUAAUUUUUGUUCUAUUAAUAUCAAUAUUGGACCAGGAGAUUGCGAAUGGUUUGCAGUACCUGAUGCAUAUUGGGGAAUAAUUUGCUCACUUUGUGAGCGAAAUAAUAUCAAUUACCUUCAUGGUAGCUGGUGGCCUUCUUUAGAAGACCUGUAUGAGGAAAAUAUUCCUGUAUAUAGGUUUUUACAAAGACCAGGUGAUCUUGUUUGGGUUAAUGCGGGUUGUGUACAUUGGGUUCAAGCUGUUGGAUGGUGUAAUAAUAUUGCAUGGAAUGUAGGUCCUUUGACUGCUCGACAAUAUCAACUGGCAAUCGAACGUUAUGAAUGGAAUAAACUACAAUCAUUUAAAUCUAUAGUACCAAUGGUACAUUUAUCCUGGAAUUUAGCCAGAAAUAUCAAAGUAUCAGAUCCCAGAUUAUUUGAAUUAAUUAAAAAUUGCCUAUUAAGGACAAUGAGACAGUGUUGUUUAAUAUUAGAAUUUGUGAAAAGUAAAGGUGUAGAAGUUCGGUUUCAUGGACGAGGAAAAAACGAAGCAUCGCAUUAUUGCGGCCAAUGCGAGAUUGAAGUAUUUAAUAUCUUGUUCAUAAGGGAACAAGAAAAACGACACGUAGUGCACUGCAUGGAUUGUGCACGAAAACAAUCCCCAUCCUUAGAAGGAUUUGUUUGCUUAGAAGAAUAUAGAAUGCGUGAUUUAAUGGAGGUUUACGACGGAUUUACUUUACAUACCUCUCUAACAACUCCUUCAUCAGCUCAGUCUAGCCAAUCCUCCUGAGAAUACAUGCAACACAGAUAUUUAGACUUCUUAGGCACUUUACAGUGACUUUGAUAGUAUAAUAUCUGUGUUUAAAAAAAAUCUUUAUGAUAAGGAUUGUUUAAGUACCUGAGAGCUAUCAUGAAGAAAAUGAAAACAGAUCGAAAAAUUUUAUAUGUUAGACUGUAUAGUCAAACAUCUGUUUCCAUAUUAAUUUUAAGGUACGCACAAUAUAUGUUAUAUAUGAAAGAAUUGAAAAUUUUUAAUAUUCUGACAAUUAGUUAGUACUAUUUACACAAACUGAAAACUAUAUUCGAUCAAUUUUAUAUUGGAUUAAUACAAAAUCUCCAAAACAUUGUUCUAGCUCUCGGGCAUAGAAAAUUGAAGCUAAGUUAAACGAGAGAAGACUGUGCUUUACUUGUAAAUUACUUGAUAUCAUGAUUUGCUAAAACUUUGCAAUAAGAUAUAAUGGAUAAUUAUCAAACUUGGUCACGUUUCUUAUCAGUUUUAUAUCAUGGCUAGAGUCUGAAAAGCAUUUAAUAUUCAUUUUUGUCAUGAAA